GCCCGUUGGCGGGGGGUGGUGGGCGCCACGCGACAGCGGAUGUGGCCGAAUCGCCCGUGUCGGGUUGUAUGGAGAGGAUCAUCGCUCAUGUUUCCACCAUGCGCGCAGGCAGCGAUGGGGACAGCACCGACAACGGCGAGAUGUACGGCGAGGGAGAUGGGCUCAACGACGACGACAUGGUGGGUGGUGGAGAGGACGACGCGAAUGUUCAGCCGCCGCCGACCGCAGAAGGACGAAUCGAUGGUGGACUUGGCAGGGGCAAGGGAAGGGGGAAAGCGAAGGUGCCAGGCGGGGAUGCGGGGGUGGCCUCAAGCGGGGGGCGCACGUUCUGGAGCCUGGACGAGUCUCUUGUUCUCGUCCGGUGCAAGAGAGAUCAGGAUGAGGCUAUGGUGGCUGCCGGGUCUACCUUCGCGCGGAUUAAAACGAGAGAGUGGAAAUGGACGGACAUCUCCACACGGAUGUCUGCUUACGGGGUGCACAAAGAGUGGGAUGCCUGUAUGAAGCGUUGGGAGAAUGUGAUUGGGUGCUACGGGAAGGUUUGGGAUAGGGAAAAGGAGUCCGGUAUGCAGUCUCUUUUCACAAUGACUCCCAAGGAACGGGCGGAGAAGGGGUACAAGUUCCAGAUGGACCGCAGGUUGUACGACGCUGUCCACGCUAUGCAGCAUCGCAGCCAGACCGCUCAUCCUCCGAAUUUGGUGGACACAGGGGCAUCACAGCAGCAACAGGGUGGAGGGGCGGGGGCCGAUGGUGUCCAAGGGGGGGAGACAUCUGCGAGUGACAAUUGCGAGGGGGGCGCCGGGGACACGAACGGGGUUGAGCCGUCCGGAGGCCCCAAAAUCGUGAAGAGGAAGAGUGCUCGGCAAAACGCAUUCGAAGCGGUGACCGACGUCAUGCAGUCCCACUCGAAGGUGGUUGCGGAAUCAGUCGAUCGGGCCAGUAAACGGCAGUGCGAGGUGCUUCAGCGUCAGUGUGACAUUAUGGAAAGGGAGGUGGAGGCACAGGAGAAGCAGUGCUAUGUCUGGGAAUCCGGACAGCGAAUGCUCUGCGAUGCGACAAUGGUAGGGGCUAGGGCCUGCAUCCAUCACCGCAGUGUCAUGGUGUACGAGCUGCGCCACCGUAGAGGGGAUACACGUGGGCGGGAGAUGCAGUUCCGCCACGUGUGCAGCCGCAGCGAUGUCCGUCAUUACGAGGCGGRCAGUAAUGGGGCGACAUGCCUUCGUCUCACUGCGGGCCUGGGGUACUUAAGAAGAGCGCUACGGGAGGUUGUCAUCUACACUGCGAAGGUGGGCAACCAGAUUCCCAACCGGCGGGAUGCCGACGUGGASGUGCUGCGGGAGAUAGUGGAGGUCUUCGUCUCCAGCCUCGCCAUGGAACACCAAGAGCGUCUGCAUCAUCCUGCAUCGUACUCCGUCAUCCUGGAACCGCCGCUUGAGGGGGGGGGGACCUGCAUUGGGAAGUGGCGGUUUUACGAGAUGACCUGUAGUGUGGAUGUCUCGACGGCGAGAGAGAGAGAGAGAGAGAGACGGGAGGGGCGGGGGGGAUUACUUUGCGUCAUUGUUCGCAUAUGGCCUUCGUUGUGUAAGCACGGGCGUGGAAGGAUAGAAGUUUUGUACGACCGUCGACAGUGGGUAGAAUAUGAGAUUUGUGCUCUGUGCGUCGUUGUUCAAAUUUUUGUUCAAAAUUUGGGAACACUGUUUUCGGCAUUGGCGUGAUAAUGAGGAGUUCGUUCAUCGGUUUGUUCUGUGGUUCUCAUCAUUUUUCUGAAUAAGUGCUUGCUCUGAGGACAUCACAAACACGA